AUGACAGCCUUAUCAUUCUCUCUCCUGCCUGGGUCACUGCUUCGACUGCACGAAGUGCUCGUAUGUCUAGCGAAAUUCAGUGAUACUGUGUCUAUCGAGGCCGAGCCUGAGUUUCUUCGCCUGAGCGCGCUCAACUCGAGUAAAACGGCAUACUCUGCAUUCGCCUUUGACUCAUAUGCCUUCUUUGAGAACUAUGACCUUAAUGCGGACAGGAAUGCCGGGCGCUCUCGAUCUCGUGGAGGAAAGUUUAGCUGUCAAGUAUACUUGAAGGCACUACUUUCUGUCUUCAAGGGAAGAACAGGUGGGAGAGACAAAGAUACGGCAGUUGAGCGCUGUGAAUUCGAGGUGCAUGAGGAUCCGGACGAGACGGAAUGUCGGCUUGUUAUCAAGAUGAUAUGUGGACUUGGCGUGAUCAGAUUGUACAAACUCACGUACGAAUCUACGGCCAUACAACACGCCAUAUUCGACAGAUCCACAGCGAUCAACGAAUGGAGCAUCGAGCCAAAGUUCCUGAAAGAGAUAAUAGACCACUUCAGCCCUUCGGCGGAGCAACUGGACAUUUACUCGGAGAACACCAAGGUUAUUUUCACCAGCUUCACGGCCAAAAUUACACAUGGAAAGGAGGUCCUCAAACAACCAGUCCAUACUUCAGUUGCUAUCGACAAGGCAGAUUUCGAGCAAUUCAUGGCUAAUGACGGAGUCCACGUCGCCAUCAGCUUGAAGGACUUUAGAGCCGUCAUCGCGCAUGCCGAGACCGCGAGGAUAAUGAUCACCGCACUAUACACCCGUCCCUGCCGACCGCUGCAGCUUGCUUACGACUUUGAGGGCAUCAGAACAGAGUUCACACUCAUGACGACAGGCGACCCGGGGCCGGAGGACGUCCCGACAUCUUCGAGGCCGGUACCGCAGCUGUCGGCGCGACAAACCCCUGCACCGGCACCGGUUGGUCAAGCAAGCAACUUGGCAAACUCGACCAGUUCAACCAGCUCGAGACAGAUGCCCCCCCCGCGUGGCCGACCCAUCCGUCCUCUUACAGGGACAUCAUCGCGAGUCGAGCCAGCUGAGCCAAGCACCCAAGCUACAGCCCCGUCGGCUUCGUCUCUCAAGUUCGAUAGCCUGUUUGUGCCGGCAGAUGACGAUAGGCAGUGGGAUGUAGCGGAAGAUGACGAAGCCGAGGCCGAAGCCGAGGACAUGCUCGGCUGGGAUGCGAGUGCUGAUCUAGAUAACCCCGAUAGCCUAGGACCGCGGUUGCGGGACAGCGAACCCAGCUUCGGGAACCAGAUGGACGUAAGCCAUCAGGAUGCAAUGGGAAUCCCGCCGACGCAGCGAAUGUCACAGCUUCAUGGACUUGGGCUUUUCGACUGA